AGGAUGCCCAGGUGCACUGCCAUUUGCCACCGGCCUCAGUGGCAGUGGCAGUGUCAGUUCAUGUUGGAAAAGCAAAGCUGUCCACGCGUGGCGCGCCAUGGCGGGAGGAGGAAGACGAAGACGAAGCAGCCGCAACCCUACACGCCUCUCUCACCUCUCCUCUCCUCUCCUCUCUCUCUAUAUAUAGCUCUCGUCUUCUUCCACCUCUCACUCACUCAACCCAAGCAACGCGCAGCACACCAUCACCAGCCAAGUGUUCGACAGAGUUCUUGGCGAGCUAGAGGUGUCGAACACCUUCAAGAGAGGAGGGAUGGGGAAGGCGGCGGCGAUGGAGGUGUCGGCGUCGGCGGCGGCGGAGGCGGGGAUGAUGGUGGGUCAUGGGGAGUGGCGCGACGACGACGGGCGGGCGCGGCGGAUGGGGACGGUGUGGACGGCGAGCGCGCACAUCAUCACGGCGGUGAUCGGCUCCGGCGUGCUGUCGCUGGCGUGGGCGAUCGCGCAGCUCGGCUGGGUGGCCGGCCCCGCCGUCAUGCUGCUCUUCGCCUUCGUCAUCUACUACACCUCCACGCUGCUCGCCGAGUGCUACCGCUCCGGCGACCCGUGCACCGGCAAGCGCAACUACACCUACAUGGACGCCGUCCGCGCCAACCUCGGCGGCUCCAAGGUCCGCCUCUGCGGCGUCAUCCAGUACGCCAACCUCUUCGGUGUCGCCAUCGGCUACACCAUCGCCGCCUCCAUCAGCAUGCUGGCGAUCAAGAGGGCGGAUUGCUUCCACGAGAAGGGGCACAAGAACCCGUGCAGGAGCUCGAGCAACCCGUACAUGAUCCUGUUCGGCGUCGUGCAGAUCGUGUUCUCACAGAUCCCGGAUUUCGAUCAGAUAUGGUGGCUGUCCAUCGUCGCCGCCAUCAUGUCCUUCACCUAUUCGACGAUUGGCCUCUCGCUCGGCAUCGCGCAGACCGUCGCCAACGGCGGGUUCAUGGGCAGCCUCACCGGCAUUAGCGUCGGCACCGGCGUCACCUCCAUGCAGAAGGUCUGGCGCAGCCUCCAGGCCUUCGGUGACAUCGCGUUCGCCUACUCCUACUCCAUCAUCCUCAUCGAGAUCCAGGACACGAUCAAGGCGCCGCCGCCAUCGGAGGCGAAGGUGAUGAAGCGCGCGACGAUGGUGAGCGUGGCGACGACGACGGUGUUCUACAUGCUGUGCGGGUGCAUGGGGUACGCGGCGUUCGGGGACAAGUCGCCGGACAACCUGCUCACCGGGUUCGGCUUCUACGAGCCGUUCUGGCUGCUCGACGUCGCCAACGCUGCCAUCGUCGUGCACCUCGUCGGCGCCUACCAGGUGUUCGUCCAGCCGAUCUUCGCGUUCGUCGAGCGGUGGGCGGCGGCGAGGUGGCCGGACGGCGGCUUCAUCUCCCGGGAGCUCCGCGUGGGCCCCUUCUCGCUCAGCGUGUUCCGCCUGACAUGGCGCACGGCGUUCGUCUGCGCCACCACCGUCGUGUCCAUGCUCCUCCCGUUCUUCGGCGACGUGGUGGGGCUCCUCGGCGCCGUCUCGUUCUGGCCGCUCACCGUCUACUUCCCCGUCGAGAUGUACAUCGCGCAGCGCGGCGUGCGGCGAGGGAGCGCGCGGUGGCUCUGCCUCAAGGUCCUCAGCGCCGCCUGCCUCGUCGUCUCCGUCGCCGCCGCCGCCGGCUCCAUCGCCGACGUGGUCGACGCGCUCAAGGUGUACCGGCCGUUCAGCGGGUAGAGAGAAUGUGAGAUCGAUCGGUGACCGUCCGAUCGAAGUAGUACUAGCACUAGCAAACAUGUGUACGUCGUAUGGGCAGCAGAGCAACACUGCCGUUGCCAGGUGGGGCCCAGGUGUGAGAUAAAAAAGAACGAGGUAAACAAAAAAUUAUUUACUGAGCUUUGUGUGGUGUUUUGUCAUGUAACACCUUGUAGAUUCUUGUAUUAUGAGUUUGAUUGGGAUAACAAGGCUUUAAUGGUUAGUGAAGCACAGCUUACUGUA